AUGAUCGAUUCAGAAGAGGCGACUACUAGUGAAAUCGAAAGGCUUCUUCCAAAUGAAAUCAUUUUGUAUAUUUUCUCAUUUAUUCCACCCAAAGAACUCGUCUCGAAAGUGACACUGGUUUGUCACAAAUUCAACAAACUUUUGGAGAAUCGAGAAUAUUGGAAGGGCAAAAUUGUGAGUUUUUUUUUUGGGAACGGGGAGAGUAUGAAACAAGACGAGAAUCAAUAACAAUGAUAAAAUCAAGAUGAAAAUAAUUUUUUGAAACAGUGAGGUUUUUAGGGAAAUAAAAUUUUACUUUAACAAAAAAUUUCGACAAGAAAAUUUUAAUUGAAUCAGAAAACAUUUUUGCUGUUUCAUGAUUACCCAUUGAUGAAUUUUAAUUUUAAAAAACUGAUUUUUUUAAAACAAUUGAAAAAACUAUUGUUAAAAAUAAAACAUGAUAAAAAUUAUGUUUUCCUUGAAACAGUGAGAUUUUUAAAUGAAUUUAAAAAAUUAAAUAUUUUUUUUUGAAACUGACAAGAGAAUUUUUGAUAAGCCGUACCUUUUCAAAACACAAUCGAAAUUCCAAAUUAUCAAUAAAAAUUAACCAAUUCUGAAACAGUGAACAAUUUUUGAUCGAUUUUUGUGAACUUAUCACACAUUUUUUGAUUGUAUACAUUUCCUAACUUAAGAAAAAACAUACUUCAUUUCCAUUCAUAAAAAACCAGGUCUAAAUACGUUUCUUGAAACAGUGAAGUUUUUUUUUGAAUCAAUAAUCAAUGAUAAUUGGUAUAAUGUAUUUUCCGAAAAUUUUGAUUUAAACAAGCCAAUAAAGUAUUGAUGAAAAUUAACACAUUUAUUGAAACAGUGAAAAUUUCUAGCUUUUUCAAAUCAUCAAUUUUCCGAGCAAAAUUUUCACACGCCAAUUUUUUUUCCAGAAAAGUCGACAAAAUGUACAUUUGGCUGAUUGCGAAUUGAAACAUUCAGAUUUCGAUGCAAGAAAAUCGUAUGUAGCAAUCUAUGAGCAAAAAGAACGAUGGAAUAAUUGGGAAAAUCAGACUUUGUAGGUUUUUUCGAUGUAAAUUCCGUCAUAAAUCCAAUGUUUUCCUUCAGAAAAACAGCAUUCGGUCAUUCCGCUACUGUAGACAGUGUUGUAUUAUUCAAUAAAAAUUCCAAACGAUUUUGUCUUUCUGGAAGUCGUGAUCGAAGUAUUCGAUUAUGGGAUAUUGAAAAUAUCGAAAGAAAUGAAGAUAUUGAUGGAAAUCGAUGGACAAUUGGAAUAAAUGAUAAUGCACAUCAAGGAUGGAUUUGGAAUAUUGCAAAAGACCGUGAAAAUGAUGAUGUUUUCUAUACAACAUCUUGGGAUUCAACAGUCAAAUCAUGGGAAAUCACAGAAUCAACGAUUCGAGAAAAACAAAAUGUUCGAGUUGGUUCAGCAGCUCAAUGUGUUUCUUGUCUCCCCGAAACUAAUGAGAUUGUUUGCACAACAUUUGCCAAACGAGUUGCUGUAAUUGAUAAAAGGAGUUUUGCGAUAUCGGGAGAAUAUAAUGUGCAUAAAAGAGCGGUUAUUGCGUUGGCUGUACAGGGAAAUAUUAUUUAUACGAGUGGAGAAGAUCGAUUGUUGGUUAUGGUGGAUCGAAGGAAUAUGAGCAAACCUAUUUUGUUGGUUAGUGGGGGAUUUUUGGGAAGGGGGAGGUGGAAAAAUUCACUGUUUCAAAAUUAAUUUUAUCAUGAAAUUCGUAAAUUCACAAUGUUGAUGUUAUAUUUCCGAAACAUUCCAAACAUUUCACAAACUUUGAAAAAAUCUAAUUUUAACAAUGUAAUUUUGAAUUUUUUAGACAUUGGAUUUUUUGCAGAAUUUUGAGACUAGAAAAACUCACUGUUUCAAACAAAUUUGAUAAUGAAAAUUCAUAAUUUCACCAUGUUAAUAGGUAUGACACCAACAUUCAGAAUUAAGUUUUUGUUUUUUUUUUCAUGAAAUUCGUAAAUUCAAAAAUUAAUGUUCACCUGAACAAGAAAUUCAAUUUAUAUGAAGUUUUCGUUUUUAAAAACAAGAAAUUCUUUAAGUAUCAAAAUCUUUUAGAAAAGUUUGUGAAUUUUUAAAUUUGCCUAAUUAUUGAGAAAAAUCACUGUUUCAAACAAAUUUGAUAAUGAAAAUGUAUAAGUUAGCCAUGUUCGAAGAUCUUUUUGCUGUAGAAAAAUCCACUGUUUCAAAAUUAUAUUAUCAAAUUCCUGAAUGCCUAACUGGAAGAUGGAAUAAGAGAAAAGUUCUGAAAAUUUCACAAAUUAAAGAAAAAUUGUAAUUUUAAGAUUGGAAUUUUUUCUGUUUCAAUAUUUUUUUGAAAAUUCGAGAAAGUCUGAAAUUCGCUUACAAUUAGUAUAUUCUCACUGUUUCACAAAAAAUUGAUUUCGCUAUUUAAAAAAAAAUUGGAUGAGGAAGGGUGGAAAAAUUCACUGUUUCAAAAUUAAUUUUAUCAUGAAAUUCGUAAUAUCAAAAUUAAUGCUGUCCUUUAUAACGGAAAAAUUUCCAGAAAAUUCACUUUAUUCGAAGUUUUUGUUUUUAAAAACAAGAAAUUCUUCAAGUAUCAAAAUCUUAUAGAGAAAAGUUUGUGUAUUUUUAAAUUUGCCGAAUUUUUGAGAAAAAUCACUGUUUCAAACAAACUUUACAAAGAAAAUUGAUAAUUUGGCCUUGUUGGAUGAUCUUUUUGCUCUAUAAAAAUCCACUGUUUCAAAAUUAUAUUAUCAAAUUUUCUAAACUGUAACUUUCAGUGUAAAACAUCUCAUAAUUUUUUAAAAUCAUAAGUAUUUUUUCGAUUUUUAAAAUGUUUCCUCAAAUUUUCACUGUUUCAAAAAAAUUCCAUAAUUGGUUUUUUGCAGAAUUACUGCCCAAAUGCCUACAAAUCCUAUCUUUCAAUCCACAAUAAUCAACUUUUAACCGCAACUUCUGAUGGAAAUGUGUCGAUUUUCAGCGCCCAGAAACUCUCAAUUCUCAACACAUAUAAAGUUGGCAUAUUUACACGUCAAGUUAUAAUUUACCGUGGAGCGCAUUUGGUUAUGGCGAAACAGAAUCGAGGAUUCAAAUUUUCAGUGCACACUCCGGGAAUUCGAAGCUCGCCGAUUUGUGAAUCCAGUGAACUUGCGACAGAACCUGCAAAGUUUGAUUAUUUGUGAGUUUUUGGGGGAAUUCGAAUUUCAAGAAGGGGUUUAGGGCGAAUAAUUGAAAUUAAAAAAAUACAUUUAAAUUUAUAGAAAAAAAUACGUUUCAAAAUUUUUAUAUAUUUUUUUCAAAACGUUUCCAUUUGGUUAAAUAUGAACAUUUGUUUAAUUUUUUGUUGAAAUUUCGAAAGAAAAUGUGAAGUAAUGGGAGAAAUUCCACGUGGUCUGAAAGCCAAAUUUUUGUUUUAUUCAAGUGACACGUGGAUUUUUGGUGCUGAAAUUUAGCAUUUUUCUGAAAAUUGAAAUUUUUGUGACACGCGGAUGCCGAAAAUUGGAUUUUAAUUUUUUUUCUGAUUCAAAUUCAAUUUUCUGAACUUUGAAAACCCCAAAGUUUUUUUAGAUUCAAAAAAUUAAAUUUUUUGUUAUUCUGAAAUUUUAAGGCCAUCCUCGCGAACUCUUGCAAUCGGAAAUGGCGAUAGUUCAAUUGUUUUUUGUCUUCCAAGAGGUUCUGAAGAACAAGAAGAAGAAAUUGAGGUUCAAGAAUCUCAAGAAAAUAAUGUAUAA